AUGCCUACGUAUCGUAAAUCCCACGCCAUCCUGCUUCUUCGCUCCGCUUUCCUCAUCCAACUCACCUUCUCCCUCGUCGCAUUCGCCGCGUCGCCUGCGACGUUUCCUCCACAGCCCUCGGGACAUCGAACCAAUGCCAAAGCUCCACAGGAUGCGGUUGCAGCCAAUGCUACCCAUGCAGCAGCAGCAGCAAAUGCCACUGGCAGCAGCCAAUCAACCCAGGAUUCUUUUUCUGGUAAGGCCACCCCACCAGCGACAGCCAAUGCUACCCCAUCAGCAGCAGCUAUUGCUUCCCCAUCGCCGCCCGAAGUGUCGACGAGAAGGCGGUUGGUGGAGGAGCAGGGCAUAGGGGGCAGCCGGCAGGUGCCAGAGAAAGGGCGGCGGCAGAAAAGAGAAAGAGGGCGGCAGAUGAUAGAAAGCGGACGGCAGGGAUCGGCAGCAUCAAGCGGAGCAUCCAGUGGUGUAUCGAGCGGUGCAGUGCGGUUGAAAUGCCCUCCCAUCAGCUCACAGUCUAUCACGCCAGGCAUGGUGCUUCUGCCCAACUGCUCCCUUGCCAUAGCCUCUCCAGAGGACGGGCUAAAGGCAUGGGAAGGCAGAAACGGCGAGGGGAAGCAAGGGCCAGGGGAGGAGGGAGAGGAGGAAGGGGACGGGGCAGAGGAGGAGGAAGUGGAGGAGGUAGGGGGGGAGGGGGAAGGGAAGGGGGUGCGGUAUGGGGGGGGGAGGGGGUGGGCGGGGCGGGUGGUGGAGUUGAGGGGCGUGUGGGUGGACGGGCAGGGGCGGGUCUUCAACGCCUCUCACCUCUUCUGGCUGGGCGGAUGCGGCAGGAGGAGGUCGCUCAGUGAGUGGCUGCAUGUCAUGGCACCACACUACCUGGGAGCCCCGCCUCAUUCACUCCCACCUCUUGCCUCACGGCCCUGGUUCACUUCAAAUCUCUCUGCCUUCUCUAAUCCCAUCCCUUCUGCCUUCUCUAUCCCCAUCCUUCCCCUCCCUUCUCAGUGGCUGCAUGUCAUGGCAUCACACUACCUGGGAGAACCGCUUCAUCAAGUCACUCUCCUUGCCUCCUAA